AUGGAAAAUGAAAAUUAUGAAUAUUUUACAUAUUUAUUCGAAGUGAAAGACUUCAUAUCGGCCGUACAAUUCAAUAUUGACGAUACACAAGGUCAUGACCUCAAGUUGUUAAGCCCUCACGCUACUCUGGCCCCCUAUCUCUUGCAUCUACAGAACAUCGUCUCACCACAACCGUCAAGCGUAUGUAGCGUAGGUAUAAGGGGUGAACCGGACAAUAAUAACUAG